ACAUAUUAUUAAUAUCCUAGUGAGAGUACCGAUAAUAAUCGGUUUUUUUAAGUUAAUUUUAAGUUGAUAACGUCACUAUUCCGUGCAAGUUUGCUGUUUGCGUCGUGCGACAAUGGCAGAUGCUAAGCAAGGAAAACCAUCUGAGGAUAUUUACAAUGGCACUCAGUCCCGAAUUGUCCUGGCAAAACCUAAAUUGGGAGGUUUUGGUGCAUCCGGAUUUGCUGCUAGUUCUAACAAGGGAAAUAAUCCUUUUGGAUCACUCUUACGCCCGUCGCAAUUGAAACCUGCCAGUAACCCAUUUAGUAAAGUAACCACAGAUGAUCUCAGCCCUGAAAAGAAAAAAGAGAAAGAAAAUGAAGCCGACAGUACUAACGAAACUAGGUUACAAGAAACAGAGGAAGGUGUUGAGACGCCUAAGUUUGUUCCCCUUGGAUCUGCUAAUGUUACACCUAGGACCAACACAACGGUGCCCGCACCAGUGGGUGCUGCGACGAGCACAUCUUCAACCGGAUUUGUCUUUGGACAGAAUUUAAGUGAACGGGUGGUGAUGAAAGAAUCUGUGAAUAAUGGAGAUGCAAGUCCCGCAGAACACAGUUCUUCAAAUGGCACAGCAAAUUUAUUGUUCACAACUGCGGCAGCCACAGUUCUGGAAAAUCAUCAGGACGAACCGGGCCCAAGCGAAUCUCGAACAGAGAGCCUAGCGGCGGCGGCGGCAGAGUACGAGCGAUCGCACGCGCGACCGCCGCCGCCCACCUCCAACUGUACUAUGACCGGUGAAGAGGACGAAGUUAAUGUAUUACAGAUAUCGUGCCGGCUGUUCGCGUGGGAGAGCGGCAGCUGGCGGGAGCGCGGGCGCGGCGUGCUGCGGCUCAACGACGCGGCGUGCGGCGGCGCGCGGCUCGUGGCGCGCGUGGCCGGCUCGCUGCGCGUCGUGCUCAACACCAAGCUGUGGCCCGACAUGGUGGUCGAGCGGGCCGGCGCCAAGUCGCUGCGCAUCACCGCCGCCGACGCGCAGCUGCAGAUCAAGCUGUUCCUCAUCAUGGGAGCACCCGGUGAUAUAGCACAAUUACAUAGAGCCCUACUAGCCCGCAUCGCGCGGAGUAAACGAAUAUCAAAUAGCAAAGACGACAAAAACCAAAGGCACGACGAAAUCGAUGUUGAUGAAGGCAAAUCUGUUGAUGAUGAUGAUUACAUUCAAGAUGACGGACACGAUGAUGGAAACGAUGAUGGUCACGACGACGACAGUGAUGAAGAUGCCGCAAAUAAAAUAAACCAAGAUAAACCAGACGGCAGACUCGAAGCAGACUCUAAAGAUAAGACUGAAAAUGAAGAAGCCACUGAAAGUGUUGAAGAAAAGGAAUCAAAAGCACUAAAACGAAAAGAACCAGUCGAAGACGAAACAUCCCCAAAAAGACAAUGCCAAGAUGUAUUGAUACAGUGAUUUUAUUCAAAGUGUAUGUGAUGCCAACGAGAAAAGAGACAGAAUGAGUUCAAAAAUUUAUGAAGUAUUAGGGUACAUACUAUCAACGGUUAGCGUGAUGAUUUCUGUAAUAUUAGGAAAGAUAUUUAACAUUAUAAAUCUAACUGAGAAAGUGUAAUUUUUUUGAAAUAUAACAUUUACUGAAAGUAAAAUUGUAAUUUUUAUUAACACAUUCCAAAAUUUUGCUGUGUAAAUUAUUGUGUCCGAGCUGAACACCAAAUACUUGUGUACAUAAUUUUCUCAAUAAUGAUUGAAUAAACCUAAAAAGUCUAGA